UCCUUCACCACCCCUGGUGAGAACUUCAGACUUUGUGUUAGCACCGAGGGCCUUUGGACUUGUGUGGAGAAAGCGCUACAUGAGCGACAGUUCCCACGAGGGCCCUUUGACUCAGCCCUUGAUGGAUACGCUGGAACCCAAAACCCAAACUCUCGUGAGGCACACCGAUGAGUGUGAUGGCCUCUCAUUGUCUGCCCCCCUAGAGGUGGAAGGUGAACGCAGCUCAGGGGAGUCAUCGGAGGACAAGGUGAACGGAAAAGACAUUGCUCAGCUUGACGAUGCCUUUCUAGAGGACCCAGAGGCCCUGGACAGCAUUGCAUCAAGCAGCGAAGAUGAACCGGGCUCUCCUUGUUUUUGCUCAAUGCCGGUACAAAUUGUUGAAGAGGACUCCAAGGAUGACGGCUAUGAGGAGUUUAGGCGGCUUGGCAUGGAACUAACUGAGCCAAUGCCACGUCGUGAGCGUAAAAAAGUCAUGCGGACUAUUGUACGUGUUGCUGUUUAUGCUGUCGUUCAUCAGUGCCUUAGGGAAAAGCUUUUUGAAGAUUGUGAGGGCUGUGUCAUAGAUGCGCCAGCACAACAGCACCAUGACUGUGUGACUUGGACUUCAGUAGAUCUAAACUUCAAGCUCCGGCGCCUGUGUGCUGAGUUCUGUUUGGAAAGCUUAUUAAACACUGUUCUUGCCAUAGGUUAUGCUACGCAAUGUCUGUGCCUACCCAAGAACAUUUAGCGUAAGGGGUGACCUUGAUAAAUGCUGUGCAAUUUAGUGCAGACCCUGGCCGUGUUUUAAAGAAAAUGACCAAACCGGAAGAUGCCUGUGUCACAUUCUUGACUUGAACUGGGAAGGUAUAGAAUAUGAUUGCAACCAAGGUCCUGUAGUGGCACCAAAUCUUUUGUAAAGGGGGUCAUAUAAGGGGUCUAAGACCAGGUUAUGGGUUGCUGGUUAUGAUUAUGCUGUCUGUAUGAAUGUGUCAUUUUGUAGUUGAAGUUAUGAAUAUUGGCUUUAUCAUGUCUGUAUCUCAAACUUAUUCUAUGCUUCUGGGUGACAUCCCAGACGAGUUGGUGUUAGCUCUGCCUAGCCUGCUUGAUGGCCCAUUAAGGACCAUCAGCUACACAAUUGACCCAUUGAGAGAAGGCAGAUGCACCUUGUAA